AUGCAGAACAAUUUUUAUGGUCAACUGAGUUUGUCAGAGCGUCAAACUAUUGUGCAGCAACGAUUGUCCCGACGACCUACUGUAACCGAACCUUCAGAAAGAACACCUAGUAAUAUUUUUGUAUCGAACCUAGUCUCUUCCUCAUGCUACCCUCAAUCAGAACAAAAUGAAAAUAUUUCCUUACACGGAGAUGACAUUGAUAACAACGAUGAGGAUUCGUACAAGACUAUGGAUAGUGGUAGUUCUGAUACAGGAGAUAGUUCUAGUCAACCUGAUACUGAAAUACUAGAGACAAUGUAUAAUUAUACGAACAAUGAAAAUAUUGGUGAUGAGUUCAUUCAAGAACAUACUCGACGAAACGCCGCUGGAUUACAAUCGAUGGAUGCGAAUAAUAAUUUCGAGGAUACCUUUAGAACAACUGAAGAAUGGGAUGGUAAUGAACAAUGUGAUCCUCCUAUCAUCAAUAUUAUUAGCUCAACAGAAUCGACCAUUCCAUCGGAAGUUUAUGAAGGACAAAUUUUUCAUAACAAAGAAGACUUACAAGCUGCAAUUAAUGGUUGGUCAAUCGCACAAAAUGUUCAGUACAUAAAUUCAACUUCCAAUAAAACUCGGCUCACAAUUUUAUGUAGUCAACAUAAUAAUGUGCAUAGGCCCUGCUAUUGGCGACUACAUGCAUCACGAAGUAAAAAAUUAUGUGGUCUUUGGAAAGUAUCAUGUGCGGGUCCACCUCAUACUUGCACUCAACCUGUUAUACCUGGUGGACAUCACAAUUGCACUUCAAAAUUUAUAUGUAGGCAUAUCAUGCCCAUCAUAAAACAACAGCUUGACAUGAAACCGAAGGAGAUAAUUGCAAGAAUGGAGUCGAAGUUUGAAAUGAAGAUUUCAUACAUGAAGGAAUGGGAUGCACGGAGAAAAGCGAUUGAAGCAAUAUUUGGAUCGUAUGAGGAAUCAUAUCGUUCUGUCCUACGAUUUAUGGAAGUGCUACGUAUGUCCCAACCAGGUACAGUAUAUAAUGUUGACUUAGUUGGAGGUUCACGAUUCAAGGCAAUUUUUUGGGCUUUCGGCCCUUCUAUUAAUGGCUGGCAACAUUGUCGGCCGGUCCUUAGCCUUGACGGAACUUUCUUGCUUGGAAAAUAUCGUGGGACUCUUCUUGCUGCUGUUGGAAUUGACGCGAAUGGUGGAUUAUUCCCGUUGGCCUUUGCAAUAGUAAAAUCAGAAAGCAAUGAUUCAUGG